AUGAAUGACGAUGGAGUGAACAUUAAGGAGCUGAUCAGUGCAAGGUUUCAGAACCCGAAGUUUGUGUAUGAUGGCAAGAGGAUGCGAGUGCUGCAAGAAAGAAAGGUGGUUGACUAUACGUCUGGGAUAUGCACACAGAGGAACAAGCGAUGGAUUGAGCCGCUGCUUGUUAGCACAGGGUUUGACCUAUCUGCACAGAUUCUGAACUUGAAGUCACCCGAGCUGUGCUACAACGAUGUGUCAAGCUUGGUUACGACGAAGAUUGAGCAUGUUAGUGUGAACAAAGUGAAGUGUCCGGUGAAUGUUGUGAAGUGGACGCCUGAUGGGAGGCGACUGAUGAGUGGAACUGCGACAGGUGAGUUUACGCUGUGGAACGGAUACGGAUGCAACUUUGAAACGAUUCUCCAGGCACAUGAGUCUCCGGUGCGCGGGAUGUGCUGGUCUCCGUCGGGGUCGUUUUUGAUAUCGUCUGACAAUUUUGGAAUAAUAAAGUACUGGCACCCGUCGAUGAACAACAUUCAGAUUAUACAGGGACACAUGGAGGCGAUCCGAGAUCUGUCGUUUUCUCACAAUGACACUAAGUUCUGCUCAGCCUCUGACGACUCCACAAUAAAAGUCUGGGACUCUAUUGAGGCGAAGGAGGAAUCUGUUCUGAAGGGGCACAACUGGGACGUGAGAGCGGCGCAGUGGCACAGAUACAAAUCGUUGAUAGCAAGCGCAGGAAAGGACAAUCUUGUUAAGAUGUGGGAUCCACGCAUUGCAGAGGAGUUGUGCACGCUGCACCACCACAAGAACACCAUACUUGCACUGAAGUGGAUGGGAGACGAGAACUAUCUUCUCACAGGGGGAAAGGACCAGGUGAUCAAGAUGAUUGAUAUCAGGACGAUGACGGAUGUGUUUACAUACAAGAACCAUAAGAAGGAGGUGACGUCGAUAGGCAUACAUCCGAGACAUCCGGAUGUGUUUGUGAGCGGGGGAACUGAGGGAGGAAUAUACUUCUGGCAGGCAUAUAACCAGGAGCCGUUGGAGAUAAUCGAUGAGGGGCACGAAGGGACUGUCUGGUCGUUGGAGUACCAUCCUGUGGGGCAUAUCUUGGCGUCUGGAUCUGUUGACCAAAGCGUCAGGUUCUGGGUUCGCCCAAGGCCUGAUGAGAAUGCAGAGCCUGCUAGCGGAGGGAUCGCAGAUGGCGAGCGAAUGGCUUACAGUGAGGAAACAAUACCUGGGCUGUGA